CGAAAUCGGGCACGAGCAGCGGGGACGUGCUUUUUUUUUUACUCCGUACUUUCACUAAACUCUUCGGGUACAUUCAGACCGUUUCACCCGAGCCUCAGCUGAGCCCUUGGUGCGAGAAGACGGAUUACGCGAGUCGAGGACGCAUGGAACCAGGCCGCGACGCGUCCAACUUUACGCGCAACAAGUCCGGUGCUUUACGGACACUUGGGAGGAUUAUUACCCCGGAGAUUUGCAGUGUUUCGGGGUGAUUUAGGGAAUCGUGUUGGGGUUUGGUCGGGUGAGAAGACUUUGAUUCGGGAAUUGAGCUACUUUACACCGCCAGAAAAGCACCAUGAACACGGCGAUGUACGCGGUCAAAAAGCGGAAGAAGCCAGUUCAGAAAAUCCCCAAAGCCCCUCCCCCGGAAGGCGCCAAGUCCAACCCGUCUAAGCGUCACCGGGACCGGCUGAAUGGAGAGCUGGACAAACUGACCAGUCUGCUGCCCUUCAGCGAGGAGGUGCGCUCCCGCCUCGACAAGCUGUCCGUGCUGCGCCUCAGUGUGGGGUACCUCAAGGUCAAGAGCUUCUUCAACGCCUCUCUGAAGAAGGGCGCUGCAGCGGUUAAUGUGGUCCCUGCCCUCAGCUCCGCUCAGCACCAGGUCUCCUCCAUCGACGGGGUGAACUUCAGUGAGGGAGAUCUGCUGCUCCAGGCACUGAAUGGCUUUGUGCUGGUGGUCACAGCGGAGGGAUACAUCUUCUACACCUCGCCCACUAUACAGGACUUUCUGGGUUUCCACCAGUCGGACGUGGUGCACCAGAGUGUGUUUGAACUCAUCCACACUGAGGACCGUGCACUCUUCAGACAGCAGCUGCACUUCGCCCUGGACCCCAACACCACCACAAAUGACCAGAGCUCUGCGGACGUCAGCACUAACCUGGUGACCUACGACCCUAAGAUCAUCCCUCAGGAGAACACGUCCUUCCUGGAGCGUAACUUCUGCUGCCGCUUCCGUUGCCUCCUGGACAACUCCUCGGGCUUCCUGGCGCUGAACUUCUUUGGGCGUCUGAAGUACCUGCACGGUCAGAACCAGCGGGCUGAGGAUGGGACCCUGGUGCCCCCUCAGCUGGCCCUGUUUUCUGUGGUCACUCCUCUGCAGCCUCCAUCCAUCCUGGAAAUCCGAACUAAGACGCUGCUGUUCCAGACCAAGCACAAGCUGGACUUCACCCCUCUGGGCAUCGACGCGAGGGGGGAGGUGAUCUUGGGCUACACGGAGAUGGAGUUGUGUGCGCCUGGCUCUGGGUACCACUUUGUCCACGCAGCAGACAUGAUGUACUGUGCCGACCAGCACCUGAAGAUGAUGAAGACUGGAGUCUCUGGUUUCACUGUCUUCCGCCUUCUGACUAAGAACAACUCCUGGAUGUGGGUCCAGUCCAAUGCCAGGCUGGUCUUUAAAGGAGGCAAACCUGAUUUCGUCAUCGCCAAGAUGAAAGCUCUGACGAAUGAAGAGGGAGAGGAACACCUGCGUCUGCGCCGGCUGCAACUGCCCUUCAGCUGUGCAUCUGGGGAUGCUCUGCUGUAUGAUCUUGCCCCCAGCAUGGAGCCUCCAGAGCAGUGCUCUGUACCCAAACAGAGGAAGACAGAGUACACUGUGACGCCAAACUCCAUCCUGGGCAGCAUGCUGGGCCAGGACCAGUCCUUGUACUGCCCCCACAGCCCACCCAGCAUCAGCUCCAUGCACGACGUGGCCUUCAGGGACACCCAUGCAACAGUGAGCGUGCCCGGGGACCUGUGGCCCCUUGGCUCCAGUGCAGCUCCGGGCACAGUCAUGAAGACCGAGUCCAGUGUGCAGGACAUGAUGGACACUCUGCAGCAGGUGCUGGGGGACAGCGACCUGGUGUCCUCUCUGGGGGUGGAACCAGAGGAGCUGAGGAGCUGGGAGAGCACCCUCAUGUCCCUGAACGUGAGCAGCUCCGACCUCAACACUGUCCUCAGCAGAGACAUUCUGUCCAUUGUGGAGGAGCAGUUCCAGAAGGAGGGGGGCUUCACCUUCCUGGAUCAUCUAGAGGACGUCCCCAGGAGUCUGUCCUCCCUGGAUCUCCAUACCCAGAGCCCUGACCAGGAGCUGCUGCAGGAUCUGCAGUUACCACUGGACUGUCUCAGUGAUAUUAUCCCCAAAACAGAGCUCAUGCCCCAGGCAGAGGCACCACAGGUCACCUCCAGACUGAGCCAUAUGGAUGGUCCUGCUCUGAAGGGGACAGUGCCUUUGUGUUACAGCUUUGGAGCAGAGAACCAGAACAACCACAGGGCGGUGGACCCAGGCUUCCCUCUGCAGUGUGCUCAGCCCCAGGGCUUUCUGAAGGCCUGUGUGAACAGUAAUGGCAGAACAAGCCAGUCCUCAGCGGAGCAACUCCAGCCCAGACAGGCAGCUCUUCCUCCCCCUCUGCACCACCCCGAGCUGGGGGGUACGUACACACAAACUCCCUUAAACCAGGGCAUCAGCAGUUCAUGUCCCCAGUGGAACUACGCUGUCCCUAAACAGACUGUCUCCAUGGAGCCUGGACCAUUCAGCAGCAUUUCAGACCAAAGAUCUAACCCUUGCAUGUUAGCUUCAUCAGUACAGUGCCCUCCAGAGCACAGACCAGUCUGGCCCCAGACACAGUCCCACCACACCUCCCUCUCCAACGGAUACCACCACAUGAACCACAGCCUUCAGCAUGAGAGCCAGCCCUCCAGCUGCAUGUUCUCCCAGCCCUGUGUGAAUGGAGUCCCCCUCAGCUCAGAGCUCCACCCAGAACCCUCCAGGCUCUACUGCCUGUACCAGGAGCACCAGGAGGUCCCUAACCCCCCAAUGUCCUUCAACCUGGACACUCAGCUUCAACCAGUGCAGCCGUUUUUCAGCCAGCAGACCAAGAUGAACUGUGCUGCCAUGGGGACCGGGGCUUUCCCUCUGCCCUCUGCGCCCAACGGAGGAACCUACUGCUCCGACAACCAGUAGAACUGUCCUCUGUGGACUAAAGGAUAUCAGACCCUCCUCUGUGGACUAAAGGACAUCAGACCCUCUUCUGUGGACUAAAGGACAUUAGACCCUCCUCUGUGGACUAAAGGACAUCAGACCCUCCUCUGUGGACUAAAGGACAUCAGGCUCCUCUGUGGACUAAAGGACAUUAGACCCUCCUCUGUGGACUAAAGGACAUCAAACCCUCCUCUGUGGACUAAAGGACAUCAGACCCUCCUCUGUGGACUAAAGGACAUUAGACCCUCCUCUGUGGACUAAAGGACAUCAAACCCUCCUCUGUGGACUAAAGGACAUCAGGCUCCUCUGUGGACUAAAGGACAUCAGGCUCCUCUGUGGACUAAAGGACAUCAGACCCUCCUCUGUGGACUAAAGGACAUUAGACCAUCUGUGGACUAAAGGACAUUAGAUCCUCCUCUGUGGAUUAAAGAACAUUAGACCUGCUUCUGUAGACUAAAGGACAUUAAACCCUCCUCUGUAGACUAAAGGACAUUAGACCCUCCUCUGUAGACUAAAGGACAUUAGACCCCCCUCUGUGGACUAAAGGACAUUAGACGAUCCUCGUGGCUAAAGUACAUUUUACUGCUCUGUGGACUAGAGGACAUCAGCCUCCUCUGUGGACUAAAGGACAUUAGACUGUAGCAUCUUUAAACCUGUUUUCCACACUCACCAAAACUUGCCUAGUUUAGGAAGGAGGACUGUGAAAAAGGAUCCUACACUCUGGACUUUGGAGGACACUUUGGAGGACUUUGGAAGACGGUGUUAAACGCUAAGAGACAUCUGAUUGAACCCUGGAUGGAGGAUGUUUGUUGUAAGAGAACUUAAAAUGAUUUGAAGCCAAAGACUCAUGGCUCUCAUGUACCUGAGAGCAGAUAUCUCAAAUACUGAGGGUUCUGUACUAUGUAUUCUUUCAUAUUUUAAAACUUCUAAUAGCGCAUAUGUACAUAAAACACACAAAAUGAUCUGUUCCCCAAAGUUGCAGAACUCCAGCAAAGGGCACCAGUGAAUCGGUUUAAAUUAGUCUAAAACGGUAGCUGUUAAUGUUAAAGUUGGUUUGAAAAUGGAUUCUGCUAAAGGUAAUGGACUCUUUUGGAUUACCUGCAGAUGGUGUUGAGAGGUAGAAAAAAAUGACACUUUGAAAUAAGGUUCAUCAGUAAGCUGUUUAUAAGUUUACAAUUGGUGAUAAGAUGUUUAAAUGCUUAUAGACACAUAUAGGACAUAGUAUGCAUUAUCUGUAUUGUUAUUGGCCUUUAAACAUGUUCUUUUGUACUUUUGCUUUGGCAUCGCAUGUUUAGAACAUUUAAUGAUGCCUAUGUUUAUAUAACCCUACUUGGCAGCAGUGGGAGUGAACCAUGGAAAAAACAAAAACUAGCCAUUUAAGCAACAUGGCCCGGUAUGCUAACAUAAGCAUGCUAUUUUAAUGAAUGCAGUUUAACGGCUCAGAACGAGUCAGUGAUUUAUGGACUUAAAACUGCACUAGAGCCUUCCAGAUUUUUACCAGUGACGUAACUGUCAGAGGAAAAUUGAAAUGGAGUGAUUUCUGGGGCUGAGAAGACAACCUCAUAAAAAGGAUUAAUGAAAUAAGCGCAAAUGAAGCUAAAUACCACUCUAAGCAUGUUUUAGAUAAGGGAACAUUAUAACAUGACAAAAUGUCCAUUUCAAUAAUGGCUUAAAAUAUUUCACUUAUGAACCUUAUUUUAAAGCAUAACCCAAAACUCAAGGUUUUGUCUGAGGAAAGAACAUGGUUUUAAGUAAAAAAAUAUUGAUUUGUAUAAUAUAGGACCUGGUCAUGGACCCACACAGCUAUGCAAACGUGAUCAGACCGCUUUGCUAUCAGUGUAAUUAGGGAUGCACCGAUCCAAUACUGGUAUCAGAUAUUGGCCUGAUACUAAAAUUAGCUGAAUCAGAAUAUUAUAUUAUGAUAUAAUAUAUUGGAAUAUUAACAUCCAAAUAUUGGUUCAGCUGAUAUCCUGGUUGUGCAUAUAAAUUGAUAUAAUUAGACUAGUCGGCCCAGAUAGCUUCAUGAUUUACACAGUGUUUUUCUGUAGUUACAUGUGGAAUAAAUAACAGCAAUAUGACACAUUUUGAUCAGCUUUGUCUUAUUUUACUUUAGUGUAAAGGAAAUAAAUGCUGUUUUCAGUGUCUGCACUAGAAUCGGCUGAUAUCGGGUCUUAAAGAGAGUCUUAAAGCUAGCAAUGAAAUUGGUAUUAUUAUAAAAGCUGGAUCAGUGCGUCCCUAAAUGUAACCAGAAUCACAGUCUCAUGUCUCAUCUGUACAAAUAUAGUGCUGUAACCCUAUUGGAAUUGCUUUAGAUGGAAAAAUAUGAUCAGAUAAUUACAACAACUGAAAUGUGCCAAAUUUAAACAGUUAUAUUUUGUUUUCUUUUGGUUAUAUUUGAUUUAAGUAAUUCCAACACGGUUGAGCAUUGCUUUCUUUGUAUCUGAAAUAUUUUUUUGGUUCAAAACCUGAGUAUUUAUAAUGUGUUGAUGCCUCUGGGCACUAAGGGAGAGAGUGGAGAAACACGCACAAGUCCCUCCUGAGGGGGGCUCUGUUGGACCUCAUCACAGGUCUGUAGCUCAGUCUUCUGGGUCUGGGGGACACAGGGCGCAGAAAACUUUAGGCUGUCUCAACUCAGCUGUGGAUGUUAUCGUUCAUAAAGGGAAAUGUAUAUUGUGCCUUUUAAAACAAAGCAUUAACACUUAAACACAUGACUAUAUAUUUUGUAUAUUUGAACCUAAAAGUGCCUUUGACAGGUUAGACUACUCAUUUCACUAAAACACAAUUCAGAUCAUUAUAUUUCAGAUUUUUUGUUAAACUAAAAAAAUAUAUAUAUAUAUUUGACCAUUUUUCAGGUUUAAAUUUUAAUUCUGGUUGGAAAUCAUGACAUCACACUGUGCCCAAACUUUCCUAACUUACACAGAAACUAUAUUUCACACAAAAAAAUUAUAAGAAAACACCUUUAUUUUGCUGAGGUAAUGUUUAAAGUAUCACAAAAAUGUGCCUCUUGCAUAUUAAUUGGCCCUAACGAUUCUCCCUAGUGUGAUGUUUGUAAUUUUCAACAUAUUUUUUAACUUUUAUUUUCAAAAUGCUUCUUGAUUUGUGUAAAGCUCAUUUAUAUUUGCAACUGGUAUUAUCCCACCAACUUCAGUAGGAAUUACACAAUCAUCAAAACCUGUCAGAUGCACUUUAAACCAAAGGUGCACUUGCCCAAAGCCAGCAGAGGGCAGUGUUGCAGAGCCGGACUGCUGCAGAUCCUCAGGCACUAACACUAAAAGCUUGGUUGCUAUGGAUAUUGAGCCGAAUAUUUUGGUGUUGCUAUAGAGAUUGAGCCGAAUGUUUUGGUGUUCUUGUUUAGGCAAAGGUUCUGUCGUGAGCACGCAGUGGAGUCGCAGUACAAUCCGUCCAGGCACAGCUCUCACACCAGACCUGUGAAGGCAGCUUUUAGACAUCUGUUUGGGCCUGGUUCAUUCACACAUGCUCUCUGGACAGUAACAGUAGAACAGAUGUGUAGUGUGGAUAGGCUUCAGAUUGUGAGUCCAGCUGUGUAACUCUCAAAUGAUUGGCUCUUACCCAAAGUCUCCUGGACAUUUACACAUGUGAACAGAGGUUAUGCAGAUGACAUCAUCAUUAUAUGAGUGUCAAUGGUGAGCAAUGACAUUUUCUACUUAAGAACUCAAAACAUGUCUAAAAUGUGAAAGAGCUUCAGUUUAAUAAGAAAUACAAAAAUCAACUACACUACUACAACUCUGCUAAAUAUUUAGUUUGUACCUGAAAUCUGAAAGGAGAAAAACAACUCAACAGUUGUGGAAAACCAGUGAGCAGUUAAACAACAGGGACAGGGACUACAUGCACAUUUAUCAGUCAGAAUGUUGAGGAACAUUUUUCAUAUAAAAUUAUGUCAGUGCAUAACCUCUAUUGAAACUAAUUGUAAGCACUUUAUUGGAAAUGAUUUCAACAAUGAGAGUCCAUUAUGUAUUUGUCAUUUGUGCAAACAGGGGCAGGACCACCUCUUGUGCCCCCUGGUGGAGGGUCCUCUGAAUGAACCAGGCUCAAACAUGUUUGUAAAUGUAGAUAAUUGUUAAACAACAGAGCACUUACCCACAGUCUGUCACUUUCCUCUGGUGCUUUUGUAUUCAAUGGACAUUAGAAACUGUAAUAGGAACAUAAAGUUCCUCUGAGAGAUGCAUGUGUACAGUAGAAUGCAGAGGACAUAAGUACUGCAGUAGUACUGCAGUAGUACUGCAGCAGUACUGGGUAAAUACUUUGUUAGUAUUUGUGGGGAGAACCAGGUAAACCCCAAACACACAGAGGGUAUGUGCUUUGUAUCGUGCAGUGCCUCUUAUUCUGUAGUCAUGUGACUUCUCUCUCAUAUUUACGCACACAUUUUGUACAUAUGAUGUGAUCCUUAUAUUUAGCCCAGUGUAAUAAGUUCUAUGGAGCGCUUACUGUUGUCUAUGUUAAGAGAUCCCAUGUAUCCUAAUGUAACUGUCUCAUUAAAUAUCUUCACCUUCACCUA